AUAAAAAGAGAGUUAGCAAUCCACAUAUAUCUAGUGAAAACAGUUUCAUAACAAUCUAUGGCUUAUGAUUACAACUAUACAUUCUUAACUAAAAGAUAACAUCCUUCUGGUCCCCUUUCCUGAACUUAUAUAACAUGCCCAGACCAGGGAUUAGUAUCUUUUAUUAGUGAAAGCUAAUUGUAUCAACAGAGGAAUGACAAGAAAAAAACUAGAAUUUUUCUUAUUAGGUGAGAAGACUUAAGGAAGGAGUUACUUUUCUAAGAAGGUAGACUGGGAUUGGAGAAAUGACUUAGCAGUUUAGUGUCCUGGCUGUUCUUGUCAAGGAUCUGGGGUCAGUUUACGGCACGUGUGUGUCCUCUGUAGCUCCAGUUCUAGGAGAUCCAGUGCUGCCUUCUGACUGCCGUGGAUGCUGUGCAUAUACAGUGCACAUACAUUCCUACAAACCAAACAUUCUUACAAAAAAUAAAUCAGUGAAACCUGAAUGAAUGAAUCCUCUUGAUGAGAAAUGCUUACUGUGAAGAAGAUUGUGCUGUAGGUUUUUAUCUUUUAAAAGAAAGAGAAUGUAAUUAAUAGCAAAGAGCAUUCUAAUAUGGAUAUAUUAAAAAUUAAUGUGAGAUGAACUAUAAGUUACAGAGUUACUGAAACCUCCCCUCUUCUUUAAAAAAACUUUUCCCUCCUCUGUUUCCUGAGGAUUUAAAUUAUUGGGUGAUUGAUUGUUUUUUGAGACAGGUUUUACAAUGUAGAAUACCUUGGUGUCUGCCUUCUUCUGCCUUCUGAGUGCUGGGAUUAAAACUGUGUGCCAAAAUGGCCGAAAUUACAUUUUUAAAACAAAAUUUGUUAUUGUUAAAUGAUUACUAUUUUGUGUAUUAUCUCUUUGACAUUAGCCUACAGAAAUUCCUUAAAACUGUAAAGAUAUUUAGGUUACAAAUACUUUUAGUAAUUAUUGUAUCUAGCUAAGCAACCAGCAAUUUUGCCAGAUUCUUUUAACAAAUUAUCCAAAUAAAAUGAACUCUGAGGGAUAUGACUAUAUAUCCAGCUAUAAGUAGAUGAUAAAGGAUAAGCAGGAGUAGCUGUUGUGCUUUCUGUUACUCAGAAGCAGAAGUGUAAGCAGUGGUAGUUUGCUGUAGUAUUUGAUUGGAUUUUGAGACAAGUCAUAUACUUCCAAAUGGAAUGCUGAAAGGAUAGUCUUAGAUGGUAGCUUAUUGAGGAUCUUCAGGUACUUGAUACAAAAAUGCAGUCUACGAUUCUGUCAGGGACAUUUCUUUUUAAAUGGCUGUAUCUCCAUCUUUUUAUUUUAUUUUGUUCUUUUGUAUGUGUAGGUAUUGUGCCUACAUGUAUACCUGUGCAUCACUUACUUGUGUGCCUGGUGCCUGAAGAGGCCAGAAGAGGGUGUCUGAUCCCCUAUAAGCUUCCAUGUGGGUGCUAGAAAUUGAAACCAGGCCAUCAGGAAGAGCAACCAGCAAUCUUAAUCACUAAGCCAUUUCUCCAGCCCCUCACCAUCUUUUCUAUGUAUUUCUUUUCUCUUUUGUGUAUAUGAAGUAAAUUUUUAUUUUUUGGAUUUACUUUGUUAAGAAAUUGACUUAGGUCGAGCAGUGGUGACACACCCCUAUAUUCCAAGCAUUUGGGAGGCAGAGACAGGUGGAUCUCUGCGUUCAAAGCCAGCCUGGUCUACAAGUUUCAGGACAGUCAGAGCUACACAAAGAAACCUUAUAUCAACCCCCGCCCCCCAUCCACCCAAAGAAAAGACUCAAAACUUUAAAGUUUUAAAUAAUGAUUUUCCUUAGUGUGUCUCUGUGUGUGUUUAUAUGUGUGAAUGCCACAUGUUUAUAGGUUCCAGCAGAAGCCAAAGAGAGUUUAAUCCCCUUGGACCUGGAAUUGCAGAUGGUGUUGUUAGCUUCCAUGUGCUUGAACCUGGUUCUUGGCAAGAGUGGCCUGUGCUAUUGACUUCUGAGCCAUCUUUCUAGCCCCUCAUUUUAAAAACCAGUUAUAUAUAUAUAUGGUAUUAGGUCAACAAACAUGGUCUGAAUAAACUGAAGAGUUCAAAUAGUAAAAUCCUUUUUGGGGGAUGGGGAGGGAUGCCAGGGGAUCAAACAGAGUCUUAGAUGUGUUCAUUACUGCUUAACUACAUCCCCAGCUUUUAAAUAGCACAUUCUUGAAAUAAAAUAUAAUAAACAUCUAUUCCUAAAACAUCUCUUGUACCUUUGGGGUGGUUUUUUGUUUGUUUGUUUGUUAUUGUUCUUCUAAGACAGUUUCUCAGUGUUUGUUAUUGUUCUUCUAAGACAGUUUCUCAGUGUACUCCUGGCUGUCCUUGAACUCACUUGUAGAUCAGGCUGGCCUCGAACUCACAAAAAUCGGCCUGCCUCUACCUCCUGAAUGCUGGAGUCAAAGGGAGGCAUGAGCUACCUCCCCCUCACCCCUAGCUAUUUUUUUCUUUGUUUUUUUUGUUUGUUUGUUUUGUUUUUGUUUUUGUUUUUUUUUCCCUUGGUGCUUAUGUAUUUAUUUGUUAGUUUUUUUCUUUCUUUUUUUUGUUUUUUUUUUCUUUUUUUAACGUUUACAUCGUUUUUUUAAAUUUAUUUAUUAAAUAUUUCUGUCUCUUCCCCACCUCCGCCUCCCCUUUUCCUCCCCCUCCCUCAAUCAGGUCCCCCUCCCUUGUCAGCCCAAAGAGCAAUCAGGGCUCUCCGUCCCUUGGGAAGUCCAAGGAAAACCCUCCUCCGUCCAGGUCUCGUAAGGAUUUGAAAGUAUUCUUGAAGGGCUGUUUGGACCUGCAUUAUUAAAAGAUCUCAGUUUAUUUAAAGAGUGUGAACCCGAAAGCAUUUCUGAUUGGGCUUUUGAUGAGAAUUGUUUGUUCUGUUGCUUGAGAAGAGAUAAAGUAAAGAAAAAGAAGGUAUUCAUGACUGUAUGGAAAACUUGGAACUCCAUACAUUUUUGUGGGAUACUUAGUCGGUCUGGAUGAACCAGCCUCCGGAGCUGGGCAAGAAGCUUUGCUUAAACAAGAGCACGCAAAAGUCACUCGACUCCAGAGACAAACAGAAGAGUUCCUCAAUGCAGUCUUUUAUAGAAAAGACAGUCCCUGGGUCUCCGACCCCAAUAUUCCCCUAGUGGCCCGUGAGAUCAUGCAGCGAAUGAUCCAACAAUUUGCUGCUGAAUAUACCUCAAAAAAUAGCUCUACUCAGGACCCCGGCCAGCCCAAUAGCACAAAGAACCAAAGCCUGCCGAAAGCAUCUCCAGUCACCACCUCUCCCACCGCUGCAACUACUCAGAACCCUGUGCUCAGCAAGCUUCUCAUGGCUGACCAAGACUCACCUCUGGACCUUACUGUCAGAAAGUCUCAGUCAGAACCUAGCGAACAAGACGGUGUACUUGAUUUAUCUACAAAGAAAAGUCCAUGUGCUAGCAGCACUUCCCUGAGCCAUUCUUCAGGCUGCUCCAGUACUCAAGGGAACGGUGAGGAUUCAUCAGAGGCAUCAGCAGUAGAUUCUAACCAUCCAUCGAAGCCCCCGCUGGAGAAGUUUAUGGUCAAACUGUGCACGCAUCAUCAGAAGCAAUUCAUUCGUGUCCUGAGUGACCUAUACACAGAAUCUCAGCCAGGUUCUGAGGACCUGCAGCCUCUGGAUUCCACAGAGAUGGAUGUCUCCACUUGCAGUGCGGGUUGUGCCCAGCUGAGCAGCAGACAAAGUGAAAAGGAUGAUGAGUGUCUUGAUGGGAAGUCUCCUGCUUCUCUGAGUUUGUUCUUAGACUCAUCGGGUUCUCCUAGCUCUCUGAGUGUGACUGAAGAAACUGUGAAGGAACCAUCUCCUGAGACAGACUCUGUAGACGGAAGAGAGACUUCCUUGACCAUUGUCCAGAAAGAGUCCUCUGAAAUUCCAGAUGCUCGACCUAACUCCAGAGGAUCAGCAGACAGUCCCACAGUGGGAUGUCUCACUGCAUUGGAUUCUUCCUCUUUUAACUCCCUCCACAGUCCCAAAAGCUUAGAGGGCCAAACCACUGGGCAGGAACAAGACACCAGCUUGAAGCCCCGUGAGGAUACUGAAGACCACGCCCCAGCCUCAGUCGAAAGUCUGACUGCAGUGGAAGAGACAACUGAGAAUACUGAAGAGAGUGGUAGCUGUGUUUCUCAAAGAAACUCAUUCAAAGCUUUAUCAGAAGAGACUUGGGACUCAGGGUUUAUGGGAAACUCAUCUAGUACUGCAGACAAAGAGAAUGCUUUACAGUGCAGCUCAAAAACAUCCUUACACCAGGAUUUAGAGGGAGAUGAACAAGAUGAAAGGCCAAAGCAAGAGAACCAUCUUCAUUCACUGGGUAGAAACAAGGUGGGUUACCAGACAUACCCCAGUGACAUGGGCCAUUUUGAUCAUUCCAAAGGUGAUUGGCUAGCUCCCAGCUCCACUCCAGCUGUACACAGAGCAUCCAAUGGUCACUCACGAACCAAGAUGAUAUCAGCCUCCAUCAAGACUGCUCGGAAGAGUAAGAGGGCAUCGGGUUUGAGGAUAAAUGAUUAUGACAACCAGUGUGAUGUUGUUUACAUCAGUCAACCAAUAACAGAAUGCCACUUUGAAAAUCAAAGAUCCAUAUUAUCUUCUCGUAAAACAGCCCGAAAGAGUACCCGGGGAUACUUUUUUAAUGGUGAUUGUUGUGAACUGCCAACUGUUCGCACACUGGCCAGAAAUUUACGUUCCCAAGAAAAGGGAAGCUGCUCACCAAUAGUACCAGAGGCAGUGGUGACUCCCAAACAGACUCCUACAAUUUCCACCUCAAAGCAUACAGUAGAUAUACAGCUUCCCAUAGUAGGUGAGCAGCUUCCCACAGUACGUGAGCAGCUUCCCACAGUAGAUGAGCAACUUUCUACAGUAGGUGAGAAACUUCCCACAGUAGGUGAGCAACUUUCUACAGUAGGUGAGCAACUUCCCACAGUAGGUGAGCAACUUCCUACAGUAGGUGAGCAGCUUCCCACAGUAGGUGAGCAGCUUCCCACAGUAGAUGAGCAACUUCCCACAGUAGAUGAGCAACUUCCCACAGUAGGUGAGCAGCUUCCUACAGUAGGUGAGCAACUUCCCACAGUAGGUGUGCAGCUUCCCACAGUAGGUGAGCAACUUCCCACAGUAAGUGAGCAACUUCCCACAGUAGGUGAGCAACUUCCCACAGUAGGUGUGCAGCUUCCCACAGUAGAUGAGCAACUUCCCACAGUAGGUGUGCAGCUUCUGGAGGUAGAUACCCCAGAUGAUUCUAGGAAGGAAAGAACCAUUGCCCUUGAAGAAGGAGACAAAGACAUGUCAUCAGCUAAAGAGCAUCGGGAGCCAGAGGUUUGCCUUACUGUGAAUGAACAGGAUCUUAGCAGCUCCCCUAGGCCAGGAGAGACCACAACCUAUAGCCCAGCACAUCUUCUGCCUGCUCCACUGCCUGACGAGGAUAUGCCUGAUGUUCCAGAAGAUAGCAUUGUGGUCUCACCUCCCACAGCAAGUGUACUAUCUUUCCUUGAGCAAGAUCAGCCAUCAGCUUCUCUUUGGGGUUCAGAGGAAACACAUACACUCCAGGAGUGCCACCUGGCUCCCACAACCAGAAGCACCCCCUUCAUCUCUGGAGAAGACAGUGAAGACCUGCUCUAUAGACCUCAGUCUUCUCCUGAAACAGUCAUCAGAGAAGAGCAUUCUCUGUGCUCAGAAAAUGAAAGUCCUACUGUGGAUUUUGAUCCUCCCCUAGGUCUAGAACUGUCUGAGCAUGACCAAAGCAUCAGUACCGAGGCUGAAACUGAAGACAUCUCUGGGGAGACACUGUUGCUAGAAGCCGCCAUGCCCCCCCUGGAAAGCAACUUUGUCAGUGAUGAGAACCCAAGUGAGCCUGAGGGAGCUGAGGCAGCAAGUGGAGCAGGACAGCUGGAGAUGCCUGACAGUGAUGUAAGAUACUCGUCAGAAAAUGACCCAAGUCAGGCAAAUGUUGACUCACCUGAGAAUGUGGACAAGAAGAAAAAGGGUAAAAAGCUCCCUGAGGCCUCUGAUAGGUGCCUAAGAAGUCAGCUUGUAGAGUCAUCCUCUGCUGACAAGUACCCAGGAAGCCAGGGUUUGGAUUCAUCCACUGCUUGCCCUGAAAUCAAGGUUUCUAAAAAUCCUACUGUAAAGCGUUCUAAAAGAGAAGGGCACUCUGGUGGGGCAACACCUGAGGGCUCAGUGAUUGACAUCCAUAGAGAAGAUCUGGAGGACACUGAAAACCCCAGUGUCAGUGAACGUUCCUCGGAUGAAGAUAUCAAGCAGGAGGGUGAAGGAGUGGGAGUCAUCACAAGGCAGACUCUUAAAAGCCUGCUAGCAAAGGAAGUCAAAAGAGAAGAAGGGGAGACUUCCCCAAGCAGUGACCCUACCACAGUCAGCCAGCCACUGCCUGGGGAGAAUCUGGAAAUCAGUCUCUGGCCCAAACUAGAUGAGAGAGGUACACGUGUGCCCUCAGAAAGCAUUCCUUGUAAAAGGGACCCAGAGCAGGGAAAAGAGAAGCCGGGACACAUUGCCACAAAGGAUGUGGAAGCCUCUGUGAGUGUGGUAGAUGCUGAGGACACCCGCUCUAAAUAUGACGCUGGUCUUGCUACAUCUAACUUAGCUGGGAUAUCAGCCAGUCAGAAUGGUGAUUCUGCUGGGCCAUCAAAAUUGGUAACACGGCCUAAGAGAUUGCCGUCUUCAACCUACAACCUGAGACACAACCAUCAUUGUGUGGAUGCCUUGGACACUACAAAAGUGACUUCUGAGAAGAAAGUCACACAAGUCAACCCAGCACCAAAGGAAAAUGAAGCUUCCAAGAGUGUGGAGUCCUUAGAUGAGGAUGAUGCAGACACGGUGGUGGAGGAGCAGCCCAAGUUCAUGGGAUGGUGUGCAGAGGAAGAGAACCAGGAGCUGAUCGCCAACUUCAACGCCCAGUACCUGAAAGUUCAGAAGGGCUGGAUCCAGUUGGAGAAAGAAGCGCAGCCAACAGCAAGAGCAAGGAGCAAGUCCGACAAGCUGAAGGAGAUUUGGAAGAGCAAGAAGAGGUCACGGAAGUGUAGGGGUUCAUUGGAGGUGCAGAAGUUCUCUCCUGUUCAGAUGCUGUUUAUGACGAACUUUAAACUGUCUAAUAUUUGUAAGUGGUUCUUAGAGACAACAGAAACUCGGUCUCUGGUGAUUGUGAAGAAAUUAAAUACUCGUCUUCCAGGAGACGUACCCCUUGUUAAACACCCUCUUCAGAAGUACCCUCCUUCCACCCUGUACCCUAGUUCACUACAGGCAGAACGCUUGAAAAAACACUUAAAGAAAUUUCCUGGAGCCAUUCCUGCUAGGAAUAAUUGGAAAACACAAAAGCUAUGGGCUAAACUACGAGAGCAUUCUGGCGGGGUAGAACCAGAGGCUGGCAGUGACAUCAGCCUCGGCCCUAACAGUGAAGACAGUGCGGAGGAAGUCAGGGAAGGUAGAAAUAGCCGUCCUCCCACCAACUUGCCUACUCCAGCCAGCACCCGGAUCCUUAGAAAGUAUUCCAAUAUUCGAGGAAAGCUCAGAGCCCAGCGCCUGGAUAGCUCACUUGGUGGGGCUUCCGAAAUUAAGCAGGGCCGAAAGAGCGUGUGCAUCAACCCGCUGAUGUCCCCCAAGCUGGCCCUCCAGGUGGGUGCAGAUGGCUUUCCUGUCAACCCCAAAAGGGCUGAAGGAAGCAAGGGGAGAAGAGGGAAGCAGAUGCCUGAAACCUUGAUUAAAGUGGAAGGUCAGAACAAGCGCAAAAGAGCAGACAGCUAUGGCACUCGGGAUGAUAAGGACAAGGGGCCAGCAACAAAAGCCAGCAGAGCCCUUUCUGCCAAGAAGCUAGCUGCAAAGGACAGAGUCGGCCAACUGUCCAGGAAGAUGACCUUGAAAGAGAAUAAAGUGAGGAUCUGUAAAAAGGCUCCUGGGAAGAGCUGCCCACCUUCCAGGAAAGAGAGAGAGGAUGCAAACAAAAGGUCUAGCCAUCCUGCUGCAGCCUCUGACUCGCUGACAAAGCCUGCAAAACAAAGGGGGACAGGAGAAGCCUCUUCGAAACCCCCAAAAGCCGGAAGGAGGAGCAGGAAGCUGAGCAGUGGUAGUGGCCGAGCCAGACCCUUGACAAAAAGCCCAGAGAACCGGGCUGCCCAGAGAAAGAGAAAGCUCAAGGCCAAACUGGACUCUUCCCAGGGCAAACGGAGGCGGUUAGAUGCCAAGUGAUAGCUGGAUGGCUGCUGAGAGAGGAACUGACCUAUAGAAGGAGCCUUUUAUUUUGCAUUAACAAAAUCUGCUUUUAUAAGCUUAUUAAGCCUUUCAUGUUACAGAGAACACCAGUUUGAGAUGGCAGAAAAUGCAUCUCAGUUAGAGAAGGGAACUUCUCCAUGGCUAAGGGAAGUUGUACAUUCUAUUCUGGUUGUUCCUUGGGUUUUAAACUUGGAACCAAGCAGUUUUUGUUUUAAGAAGUACAGUGCCUUAUUUAUCCUUUUUGUUUAAAAUUUGACAAAAUCUAAGAAGCUGAUGUAUGUGACUAAAGGCUUGUAUUUUAUACUUGACGCACAAGCACUUGCUCUGUCACUGAGGAGGCCACUGCCGUGCAUGCGCGAGCGAGCGAGCAAGCGAGGAGCCGGCAGCAGCUGCCUGUGCGCCCCUGGACAGGUGCACCUUGCAGACCGCAGCACAACUCCCCUCUCUGUCUUGUUUGGGUUUUAUUUGAGUGAUAUUUGAAAGCUGAACCAAAUCAUUUCUAUGGUAUGUGGAGAAUGCAGGGGAUUUAUAAUUAUUAUAAAAGAUUAAUAUUUGUUUCCUUCUGAAAACUCAGUAUUGUUUAUCACCCCUUCAUCCUUUUAUUUUAAUUAUUUCAGAUCAUGUUCUCUAAUUUGUGUGCCCAUGGGACAAAAGCUGUGCUAGAAACGCCCCCUCCUAAACUGUGUUCCUACUAACUGUGUCACCCUCCAGUUUGGGGCCGUGCAAGCAUGGUAGUACUACUACUUACUCUGUGAGGUUUGCGUUCCAUUUUUUUUUUUGUUCAAGUUUUUUGUGUAUAUUUUCAUCUUGUAGCUGUCAUUUGACCAUUAGAAUGAGUUAUUCUUUGUCUCAUUUCUUACACAGAGUACUUCCCUAUGCAGUGAAAGUCAAAAUGUUCUUUUCAGCAAUAGGAAAGCUUAGCCUUGUGCAUAUGCAUCUGGGUGCAUUUGCAUGUAGUUGCUGGCCACAAGUGUCUUCUGGUACUAGUUUCACAGUAAACUUCCCUCUUCCCCACGCAGUGUAUCUGUAAGCAGAGUCCAUACACAUCCCUAAUACCACUUUCACAGCCGACUUGGAGUGCAGUAGGGUACCAGGCAGCUGAGAGAAGCUGCCCAGAAUCUCCGUGGAGCCACACCCCCAUCCACGCUGAGUGACAUUCAGCUGGGACUCCCUGAUGUGAAUGAAUAGCCUUGCCUGGAGUAGGUAUCUAUUCUGAUUGAUAGUUCCAUCCUCCCCAUAGCAUGCCACUCUGUCCCAUGGCUCAGAAAUGAGAACUGCAAUAACUGAAAGUGAUGAUGUUUGCCUUUCCUGGGUGGAGCCAAAACCAGCCCCAUUGGCUUUACUCAGGGCCUCUGACGUUGCUCCAUUAUAACAGUGUGUACUUGACUUUUCCUUCGGGCCAGUCAGCAAACCACCUGGUUGCUAAAGCCUCAGUCGGCUUUGACAUGUUCUGUCAUCACAGGCUUGCAUGGAUAGCUGCUGCCCUGUUCUUAGUAAAAGUUCCUACUUAGGUUCUUUCAGAUUUUUUUAGAUCAACCCAGAUGGACUUCUUUUAUAUGCAAAUCAUGAUUUAAAAAACCAGGCCUUCUACCUAUUUUGCUGUUGUUAAAGGUUUGCUGCAGAUAGUGGAAACUUCUGAUAAUUGGGUAGGACUGGAGCUUUGAUUCUUGAGAAAUUGAGAAUUGUGUUGAAUUUUACAGAUAAUGAAAGUUGUGCUUUCAUGUUUUUUAAAUGUCACCUCUGCCCCAUGAACGUUCGUGGACUUCCUCCCUCACUGCCUCCUUCACUCCCCUUACCUUCCCCACCCCCAUUAUUCUUUUUAUUAUUAUCUUUGACCUUGACCGUUCACAAGCUACCUAUCAUGAGACUGCUGAGUGCGUGCUCGAAACUCUUCCUCAGCAUUAAGUUGCACAGAAGCAUUAAUAUGUUUUGAGUAGGUUCACUUAAUAUUUUAAAAAUGGUUUUAAGGCUUAAAAGAGCAUUUUCUAUAGUUGUCACUGGAUAUUGUUGUUGUAGUGACUUAAACAGCCAGGCUUACUAAUGUGAGGUGUGUCGAUGCCCGCACAUAUGGCGCCCUGGCCACGUCCUUGUAAGGCUUGGGUUACGUUAGAGGGAUGAGUGAGAAAUAAGUCAGUGGGACACUUCCAGUUUCAAGUUCAUAAUUCAUUCCAUUACUUUCCCAGUGUGUUUUCAUUUUUAAAAGCUCACUUCAAGAUAGUAGGCUGCAUUUGCGGGAGCCGUGUGGAAGCGUCUGUUACGUACCCAUGUAACAGUGCAGUAGGCAUCUUUAAAAUCGGCUUACUCUUAACAGUAGUGACUGCAUUUAUGUAGAUGCAUACUUUACAAAAUUAGGACAUUUAAGGGUUUUGUUUCACGUUUAUUGAACUCAUUUUUGCUGAUCUGGUUAAUUUGUUAAUAGAAGAAGAAAAAAAUCAAAACUUGAUGGUAGCUCUAAACCUUUCUAUACCCAUAGCUGGGAAAUUGUCCCUUCAGUAUCUCCGGGCUUGGCUCUCACUCUUGGUUCUCCUUCCUUCCUGUAGCCAUUUUCAAAUAUGACUUCCCACCAUAUGUGAUGCACUCUUGCACAGUUUGGAUCCUAAGUCUGAAAGGUGUUCUGCUCCUGGCCCUACGCUCUGUAAAGUGGCUGUCUAAGGCUCGAGCCGAAGUUGAUGCCAGAGGACUAGUGUUCCCUCUGUUCAGGAUCUGGAAGAUGUCCAUGAAGCUAGCUGCGAAGCUCUGUGUGGCUUCCCUAAAGUGUAGCCUGCUUUGGUGACAGGCCUGCUGUCUCGCUGGGGUUCAGAAUCUUGCCCAGGCGCUUUCUCUGUUCUAGUAGCUUCCAGCAUAGGAAUGUUACCUGAAUCUAUUGACCCACAGUUGCUAGUUCCUGGAAUUCCCUGGGUUUGGCUGUUUUUAUUUUGUUGUUGUUUGGUGGGGUUCUUUACUGAAGACUUGAUCCUGUCCUAUCUAAACCACAGUCAAGCUGCGGGGUUUGUGCCUCAUCAUUCUGUAGUGGCUUAGAGAAAAGAGCCAUCCAUUUCCCCCAAGGACCCUCUGCAUCCCCUGUGCACGUAACUCAUCAGCAAGGAUCACCUUAAGACAGACGCUGUAAGUCAGGAUUUGGCCUGUCUCCAGCCUUGUGAUGGCUGCUGGACUGAGAGCACAGCUGUCACUCAUUUAUGAGCAGCGUUUCUAUUGGUUAGCAGACCUAAGAGUCCCACAGGAAAUGACUCCAUGCUCUGUAAUGCAAACUGGAGAUGCUGUGGUGUUGUCAUCAGCAAGUCUGUGCUUGUCAUAAUACUAGAAACAGACUGAGUUACCCAGAAGUCUGUUUGGGUAACAUCCCUUUGGUCUCAGGUCAAGCCAGUGCAGACCUCCUCUUAGCUUACCCUUGAGCUGUCAUAGACAUGCAAACUGUGGGCCAGCAACUCAUAUGUAUAAAUAAAGUUUUAUUUACUUAGAACCAUGUCCAUUUGCUUAUUGGUUGUCCAUGGUGCAGAUUAAACAUUUGAGAAGCGGUCAGGAAGCCCACAAAACCUAGAAUAUUUACUAUUUGUAUCUUUGAAAAAGCCUGCUGACCCCCUACUUGAGAAAAUAAUCCCUUUUGGGAAUAAAUCUUACCCCAUUCCUCUUCUGCCUCACACCCUCUGUCUCCCACACCCCCCAUCUCAGUUGUCUUGAGCACGUUUCUGUAUGCUCCUGCUGUAGAGACGCAUGUCACUGAGACAGUUUCAGAGUAACUCAACUCUUAACAAGCUGUGUGUCUACCUUUAAGUCCCUCCCUCCAGCCCCACAAUGAAGCCACCACCGUCUAGAGACCAGAACCCCUGAACAAGUUGCCUCUGGAGUUCUUAAGUUGUGUGGACUAUCCCAUGUUGCCUCCCGUAGUGUCUAAUCAUAGAGCUUCACGUGUUUGCUAAAAUACACCAAGACUGUCCGGAUGAGAUUAGCUGCUAACACUUCUGUUGGUCCUGAAUCUCAGUGCCACAGUUAGCUGUGGGAAAGGCUCCCAGCAUAGAAACAAAAGCCUGGUGACAGCCAGUAUAUUACCAUUGAUCUAUUUUCAGUCACACACUUUCAAAAUAAUUUUAUUAAAGGCAAGUGAACAAUAAAAUGGUAGUUUUUGAACUGCUAUAGAAGGAGUUUUGGGUUCUAUCUUUACAUCAAAUCCAGUCAGCUUCCAGAGUGUUAGUCCUCCCCUCCCCUGAAACUCAAAUAAAAGUUUAUAUUCUGCAUUCCAGAAUGAAGCUGAAUGUCAUGUCAAAAAUUUUAAAAAUGGGGACCUUGUCCCUAACUAGUGGACAGUGCUGAAGAUUGUGCUCUGGCCCUGAUAGAAGCUAGGCAGACUUCUACCACUGAGCUAUGACCCUUGCCCAAUUAUUUUGAAUUCUUCCCUGUUGUUUUGUAUUUUAUUAUGACAGUAUCCACUGAAAUGCUAGAAUGCUUGAAAUAUGAAGUCACAUCUUUGUAUGUAUUCCCAAAGCAGUCCUCAUAUCCAUGCAGCAGGUACUUUUUUCCCUAGGCUUGCUCCCAAAUCCUUUGCAAAGAAAGACUUUUAAAAACUUAAAACCAGCAGAACUAGGAAACUAGUGUUUUGAGACAGCUUUCAAAAUGAUUCACCUACAAGGGAUGGAUUGUAGGGCCGGCUUCUUGGCAGCAUCCCAUUCUUCUGCACGCAAGGGACUACCUGGUGAGCAGUAUGUAAAAGCUGUCUGUAAUUAUGCUUUUGUCUUUGGAGUUCAGACCGUUGCCUCCUUCCUGGAGUUGUCGUUUCCCAAGCUUUAGGAUGGUGUCUUUCAGUGCUCUGGGCCCAGCUCUUCCUCUAGCAGACAGGCAGCUGCACAGACUUGUGUGCCAAGGAAGGAGACCCUGAAGCUUCCACACCCUGUGGGCCUGUCCUGUUUAACAGGCUGUGCAGUUUGUAAGCCUCUUGAAAACAUAGACUGCCUGCCUGAAAGAGCAUCCAAGUGCCUGUGGUAUUAGAAUACCCCAGAGGUUGAGUGAAUGGGUUUACACUUUUUGAAUUGGACAAGCGGAGAUAAUAAAACUAACUGUAUGUGGUCCACACUACCUAGAAAACUUAUUCCUUGGCCUUUUAGGUUGGUGUACUGAUUUUUGCAAAAAGUCAUUAUCAAAUUGUGUGGGCAGUUAGGCACAUGUUUUCUUUGUGCAUAUAGGCCAGCAUUGCUGUAGUCCGUUGGGUAUCUUGCUUGUCUGUCUCAGCACAAGGUUGGCUUUGUGCCGCAUCACUCCUGAUUGUAUUUGUAAGGAAGAAGGAGAGCAUCUCUGCUCAUUAGAUACUCGCUGAUAAGUUGCAGAAUCACCGUAUCUAUUAGGGUCUAGUUUAAAGUACAGUCUUGUAAACCAUGCAGUCAUCUUUGUUAGGCAUCACAGUGAACUUGACUGAUGGAGACAUUCCACCAGCAGUGUUGGCACAUGCUGAUUUCCAGUGGACUUAGAGCCUACAGUAGUGCCUCUCUGAAAGCAUAGGAACUGGUAGUUUCACACCCAGAGCCCUCAUUUGUCUUCUGUAUAUAGGAUAUGUGCAGGUUUACAUUCUCAAGUUUGGUCGAUAUCUGUGAAUACUAGUGGCUGAUCUUUGCGUGUUUGAAACCUGAGUCCAGGCCACACAUUUUUGACAUGGCCAGUGUGCCAAUGGCACCUCGUCCGUGCACCAGCAGCUUUAGGCAAGACAAGUUCAGGGCCCUCUUGGUCGGGCCUGAAACUUGGUCAAGCCUGAAGCAGCUCCUCAUCUGGGGAGUCAUUCUUGGUACCUUGCCUUUCCUUUUCCUUCCUGCCUCUGGCCUCCUUCUGGGUGGCAUCUUCUCUGGGACACCCCCCGCAAGUGCUUCUCUGAAUGCAUACAUGCCGCAUGAGAAGAAUUUCUCUCAUUGCUAGAUUCUCACAGUGUUUAGUGGGCUGUGUCUGAAUGCCCUUCAGUGAUCACCUUUUUCCCACUCCAGUUGGUACCAUGAUGUACAUCUUGUGUUGUAGUUAGAGCUGUAUGUAGUGUUUGGAAGCAUUUAUGGUAAAGAUACUAUACAAAUAAGAUUGGCAUAAUUUUGUAUAUUUAUACCACAGGUAGGGAUUAUUGCUAGAGCCACUGUAUCUUAGGGUAAUUAAUUUCACCAGUGGCUUCUGCGUUCUUAGUUGUUCUAGGAGACUGUAAUAGUGACUGAUUUCAAAUAUAUAGAGUACAUAUUUAUACACACCAUUGUGGAAUUUAUUUUACUGUGUAAAUAGUGAUAUUUUCCUGUUCAAAUGCUUCUAUACAAAGUAUUUAUUUUAACAAAAUUAGUUAACUGUCAAAAGGGCUUUCCAAAAACUUCUUGCCGUCUGUUCUCCCAACUCUCAUGCUUAGCCAUCAACCCCCUAAACAUCACAGUAAUGGCAGGAGGCUGUAACCUUGAACCCCUUCCUGUAUUUGGGUUGACACAACAUAGAUUGGGAACCUUAAUGCUUCUCCCACUAAUGCUCCAUUCCAGAUCAGAGUGGGACUCGAAGGACUGUAACUUUGCUCAGCCCAGCAUCGGGGCUUCUCCCAACAGCCCAACUCACACAUGCACCAUUAGUACGUUCAGCUGUUCACUUCUACGACCUGUGCAGGAAAUUGACCUUGGUUGUAGUCCCAUGGCAAGCAGCCUCAUGCCUAUGCAAUGAGAAGAAACGACUGUGUAAAUAGUGAUAUUUUCCUGUUCAAAUGCCAGUAUGAGCUUCUAGUCUGACUGUCAGAAUUUAUGAGAAUCACCCUUUCACACAUCCGUAGGAGGCACACAUCACCUUCUGCAUAUUGGCAACACUUGAGAACACCUUGGCUUUCCUCCUCACCCUUUCCCAUCAGGCAUCUGCAGAUGUGGCCCUGUCCCACCCAUCUGUAAUCCAUGGUUCUAAAAUGUAUUCAGCUUUACUUCUCAGGACUCCUGGUCUGCAAUUUAGAGCACCCUAGACGUCAUGGAACCAAUGCUUCAUGGUUAUGCAUGGCCCUUUUCCCUGUGCCUCAUCCACGGGCACCCUGUCUGUCACCAGGCCACCGUGCCAGGAUGGCUGGAUUGACCUGCAGCUCCAGGACUCUAGGGUGCGUGGAGACCAGUUAUGUAGGAUUACUGUCAUCCAUUUGAACUGUAGUUUGCGUAUUUCCUGUAGCCUUCCUUUGUCUUUUCUAAACAAGGAAGGCCCUCGAAUAGCAAUGCUGGAGAAUGUUUUUCUAAGAUGCUCUUUGUAAGCAAGUCUGAUUUUGAGAUGAAAUGUGAAUGGGUAGCUAGGUGCCAGGGAAUUUAGCACUGAACUAGACAGUCAAAACUUUUUUAACUUUUGCAGAAAGUAGAUUCUCUUCUCAUCUAAAUGUUCACAAGAUGUAAUGCUGUAAAUAGUUUUCUAAGAAUAUUUAUUACACGUGCUGUAUACAGACUCAUAUUCUGAGUGAUGUUGGUUUGCAUUGUAUUGUAGAAGAAUAUAUUUUGAGCAGUGAACUUCUUUCGUAACACAGUUCACUCAUGGAGAAAGAAAUGAAACCAGCAGGUUGAGAGCUGUGUGGGGCAUUUCAUCUAUAAUGGACCAUCCAAUCCAAGCUUUAACUGCCCCAUUCUCAUCUGGUUGUGUUAUAUAUUAUAUAUAGAUAUAGAUAUAUAUAUACAGAUGUACAGUAAAUUGGUCAGUGCCUGGGUCUGCAGAGCAGAUUUCCAGGUGUUCUUUCUGAUGUGUUUCCAUAGCAAUAUGACCCCAGGUGCUGACCAGUCCUGUUGUCUCAGAGGAUCAGGUUGGGGGACAGCUCUUGCGAAGCCUCUUGCCUUUUCUAAGAGGCUGGUUUACUUGAAUUGUUGCUUCUGUUUCUUCUGCACGCUCCCAUGUCACAAAACUAUAGCAGUGUGUGGGGACUCUCCCAGACCAGACACAUCAAAAGUGGACUCACCAAUCAAAAGGUUAGUGAAAUCCCAGGAACUUGUAGUUUGCAGAACAGAUGAGACAAAGCUCAUUUGGCCAUAGAAUAAAUGUAAGAAAUUUUUACCUGAGAAACAUAUGUGGCCUAUUAUAUUUCCCCUGCUCUGUCUGACUUACCUUUAGAAACCAGCCUAUGUCCUGCCUUCUGCCUCUAUGCCUCAGCUCGAGAUGUCCGUGGUCCCUAGAGUCUAGUUAGGCUCUUAGUGUGUCCGACUCUGUUGAGCAGCCUUUCCUUGUGACCGUCCUAAACUUACUGAAACAGAUAUCCACACCCAGAUAACCACUGUUAAAAAUGAUGUAGCUUUUUAGGCUUUUGGAAUAUGUCUCUCUUUUUUAAUUUUUUUAUAUUUCUGAUGGUGUUUGGGAUUCGCUAGUGUUUUUUAAACUGAAGUGGGUGCAUUAAGGUAAACUUUCCACUGCUGCGCCCAAAAGCGUGUAGAGGAGAGAACUUGCCCUGCAUUGUGUUUUUGGGGAGGUGACUACUUAUGGUGGGGGGAGGGGAGGGUCUUGUAGAUGAUACACGAAGGUGAGAUAGAAAUUCUGGCUGGAGCUUUCCUAAGUCUUUGGUAUUUUGUAAUGAAAAUCCCCACAUUAGCCUCACUUAAUCUCAAUGUAAGCCUGCUGUUUACCCUCAGGGAACAAGUGGUUUUCAAAAUUGAGCUCCUCCAAGGUCUGGGACCAGUGCCUGUGUACGCUGGUCAUCUUUGUGAUCUCAUGGCAUUAGUUUCUCAUAUGCAUUACAACAUAAGACGUUCAACCCUACCCUGUAUGAAAAGCACAGCCCAGUGCCCUAAUUUAGGCUAGUGUCCAUGCCUUUGAGGGGCCUGGGGGUCCUAGGAGGCCCAUGCAAUUUAACUGAAGCUCAGGUGUGCAUUGGAUUUUGCUUCUAUUAGGCCACAACCCUUCAGAAUGAGUUUAGGGCAGGGGCUGCAGAUCCAGCUCCGUUUCAGGGAGCUGAGUCUCCACCAUUCCUCAAGUUUUUACUGGUCCCUCCUGGUGUUGUUGCCGAGGUCAAUCUUGUAGGUGUUUGGUUGUGCUCCUUUCUGCUGUCUUGUGAGUCUUAGCCAGUGCUCCAGAUGCCCAAGAGUGGGGCCUGUGGAUGGUUGAGCCCUUCCUGACCCCAGCACCUUCCAAACUAGUGAAGUGAGAAGAGUCUGCAGGUGCCACCUGGCAGAGCAGCGCACACAUCUUGGGCCCGGAUUCCACUGUUAGUGAGUGUAGGAAAAUACUGUGUCUUUAACAGAUGAAAAUUCAAUGUAUGCUGUGAAUUUGUUGGUUUGAAACAUUGAAAAUUUUUCAUUAGACAAUGUUUACAUACCUCACCUGAAGAACCUUUGAGAGUGUAUAUAUGAAAUUUAAAAAUAUAUUAAGUUGCUUUAAAACAGUAUGUAUAGCUAUAAAAGUUGGAGUUAUUUUAACUUUGAGUAUGUACCAAGUCUCUUAAAUAUUUGAAAUCUUGUAGACUUUUUGUGCUUCUGUGCUUUGCUUUUCCUGUUGGACCACAUAGAUAACUGUGUUCUUGUUAUUGAUAAAGGGGCCCACACUGACGUUGAAGUGGAAGGAUUUCCUGGGUGGUUUUGGGGGAAUGGGGUGUAGAGCUAGAGGACAGCGUGUGGGAGGGAUUACUCUAACAUCGACAUCUAUUCUGUGAGCUUUUUCCGGGCGCUUAUUUUAUUGCAGCGUAUUAAACUUCUUUGAUAUUAAA